CUGAUGUGCCCCGGCUCUUGGCAGCUAGUGUACGGAGUAGGUAGGUGUGUGGACGAACAACGUGAUACGCCGACAGGGGUUGAGCGUGACCUAGCGAAUCAAGCAGAGCGCACGAGCUGCCUUCGACGAGGCUUCCCCAUCUCGAGUUUGAUCCGAAUCUGGUGUCUCUUCCAAUUCACAAUUCCCUUCGUGAUGCCUUCCGAUGGCAGUAUCGCUUGACGACCCACCAUCCGACGCCGAUUCUACGACGGUGAACAUUCCACGGGGAGGGCGAGAAGUACCCGCAUACGGAUAGCUGAGCAGAGCUUCCCCGCUAUCGAAUCACUCGAGUUCCGACACUUUUAAAACCGCCGGUUCUACUGGGCUGGAUCCCAGCAUCCGGUGGCUUAUCCAUGGACCCUGCCGCCGUCUUCUACCGUUCUCUGGGCACAGGGUUCCCGAGGCCGUCGCAGCACUUCUUCCCGGGCAGACCUCCCGUUCCCGGACCGUAUCCAUGGGACAACCCGGAGCAGGAUGCGCAUGAUGCGCCCCAUCGCAGCGUCGCGCACACCCUGACAGCUUGCUGCAGAUGUCGACAGAGAAAGACGAGAUGUGACCCUGCCCUGCCGCGUUGCCUCCCCUGCGAGCGAUCGGGGUCGACGUGCGAGUACUAUGACAGCGCCAAGGGAAAGAAGAUCAAUCGCACUUACGUCGUCAGCCUCCAAAAGAAGGUGCGUGAGCUCGAAGACGAACUUGCGCAGUAUACGGAUCACGAGGGCGAAUAUCCGCUCAAUCACGAUGAUAUGGUCUCCCCUGGCGGCAUUGUCCGCCUCGACGAAACGGACGAGAUGCCGCGCUAUCUCGGCCCUAGCAGUGGCACUGCUAUGACACGGCUGCUCAUGGAGGAAGCCAAGAGAUACGCCGAGUCACGGAGGAUAGCCAAUCUCAUUCCCGCGGUGCUGGCAAGGAGGGCGGAGCAACGAGACCGCAUGCAGAGUGUGGUCAUGGGUGGCAGCAUAAGCGGGCCCUCGGGGAGGAAGAAGAGCUAUCCGGCGCACAGCAUCAUCCCGGCCUCUUCCUUACCGAAAAAGGAGAUCGUGGUUGGUCUGGUACGGGCGUUCAACGACAGAGUCCAACUCUUUGCGCCCAUUCUCCACGAGAAGACAUUUGAGGAAGACGUAGACGCUGUGUUUGCCGGCGAUACGGACCCGUACAAGCACUUCACCGUGAACAUGGUGGUCGCAAUCAGCCUUCAGAAAGUGGGCAAGUACGCUGGCCUGCCUGACAGCUACUAUCUCAACGCAAUGCGACGUUUCGAGGACGUCGUCCGUCCACAGGAUCUCAAGACACUGCAAUGCCUCAUCUUGAUCGGGCAGUAUGCUCUCAUGACGCCGACCAGAACCGCCGUGUAUUAUGUGAUCGGUCUUGCGGCGAGGAUAUGUCAACAGAUGGGUCUCGGGGACGAGAGGACUAUAGGCGUGGGGGUUACCGAUCGGCUGACUUUGGACAUGCGGAGAAGGUUGAGCUGGAUUGUCACCUCACACGAGCUCGCCUUGGCCUUCAGCAUGGGUCGGCCGAAUGGCUUCGCCAGAAGCGCCGACCUCAUGAACGUCAAGUUCUUCGAAACCGCUGCGGACGAAGACAUCACCCCGGAGGAGAUCCGUCCCGGUAGUCCUUGUGAACGUAAACUUGUUGCCAUUCACUUUUGCAGGAUGAGGCUUCUGCAGGCGGAAAUCCGACGGGUGCUCUACGAGAAGAAACGCCCUGAGCCUACCCACGAGAACCAUCCAUGGUUUGCCGAAAUGGAGCAGAAGCUGCAGAGUUGGCUCAAUGCUUGUCCUGAACAGCCCGCGUGGUGCAGGCCAUUUCUUAUCGGGUACUAUCACAGCAUGGUCAUUGCCCUCUACCGGCCUAACCCUCAGGUUCGGCGGCCAACAAGCACCUCAGCCGUGAAGUGUUUCGGGGCAUCCCGCUACAUAAUCGACGCGACUUCUCAACAGAUCGAACAAGGGACAGCAGACAUCACGCUGGAUGCCAUCAUGAUCAUCUACGCCUCCCUAAAUGCGCUGCUGUGGUCGAUCUCCUAUCCCGAAGUCCGCGCUGAGCAUCCCCGAGAAGAGGUUCAAGACCUUGCGGCGGCAGCUCUCGAGGCGAUUAAGCUCUUCUCAGAUCGCUGGCCCGGAUCGUCAUCUGCGGUUCAACUAUAUACGUCGCUCGCCAACGCUUGCCUGCAAAGCUAUAAUGUGGAAGAGGAGUCCCCUUCACCGCCAUCCAGCAGCCAGCUCGGCACGCCAGUAUCGCGCGCUGGGCCCAUCUCACCCGAGUCCGACGUCUCAAGGAACACUGAAUCCAGCCAAGCACACCCUCAAUCGGCCACAUCCCUCUUUAACGCACCCGCGUUUGGAUAUGUCUUCAAUGCCGCCCCUGAUGCGCUGGCCGCACACUACGCAUUUGACAACGGGCCGUCUCCCUUCCCGCAUCAGCCCACAUUCCGGUCCAACUCCAUCUUCGAAAGCCCGUCCACAGACUCCAAUGGCCGGAGACUGUCUCAUCUCGCACCUGACUUCACUCCGACAGACGAACCUUCUGCCGGCGAACGGAUGCCCAAGCAAGAGCCAACACCCACAGCCACUCCGAUGAUCGGGUCAUUGCCCACGCCUCCGGAGCCAGUGGCGCCGCCGCCUAUUCAUCAUAACGACAUUGGCCAGUCACCGAGCCCGGUCGCAAGUACAACGCAGACGGCAACGCCAAUCCCAACGCCCACUCUUCACACUAUCAGUCCAUCACCGAUUCCCCACCAUACCCCCGUGCCCAUCAUUCAGGUGCAGCCAAAGCCCCAAGAAUUUUUCCAUGCUCCCCAGUUCAAGCAGCAACAUCAGCAGCAGCAGCAGCAGGCGGGCCUAUCUUCCCAAAGACCACUCCCUCCAACUUUCAUCACCCCGCCACCUCAAAACGCUCAACAGCGACUGUCGCGACCGACUGGUACAACAACCGACUGGUUCAGCCCCUUGCCCCAGUUUGUCCCGCCGCAUGCCUUUGUAAACGGAAACAAUGGCCCCUCCUCCUUCUGGGACAGCGCACCCAAUCCGUUUGCCGGCCUCGGUCUCGGGUUGGCCGGACAGAGAGGCGACGGAACGUUCACCCAGGGCGGACCACCUUCUAAUACCGGCUAUGCAAAUCCAAAUGCCGAAAAUAAUAGCUGGGGGUAUAGCUGGGGAACCGAGGCAGCACUACCCCAGGCGGCGGGCUUUGCACCGGGGCUCGGACUUGCGCCGGGAGCGGCCGCUGCCGGGGCACCCGCGAGCGACUAUUACAACUCGUUCUGGAAUAAUGCAAGACAUGGCAGUCUAAGUCAGCAGGAGCAGCUGGAGCUGAUGGAUGUGCUGGAGACGGAGGGGAUGAAUGAUAUUGAUAGCUUCUUGAAUAUUGGGGAUGGUAACGGCGGGAAUGGUGUCGCUGGCUGGGGUCAACAGCAACACUGACAGUUCUCUGCUUGACCACUGAGGUAGCUAUAUCAUCACCCGGACCAACAACAACACACUUUGGAAUCAUGGGUCGGCGUGGGUGGAUAGAGAUUUGGGGUCAAAAUUGGAUUGGCGCUUAUAGGAUGGAUAAGGAUAUCCCGUCUUU